AUGCAAAAGUGGAUAUCAAGUAUUGCAUUGCUCUUGCUUUUAAAUGCGACAUCUGUAUGGCAAGCAGAAGCCGAAAAAUAUAAAGAAAAACGUUGUUCAGAACGAAAAGCAUGUUAUAACGAUGUUUGCUGGAAAAGAGCUAACAUGCUUCUAUUUUCAAGAAGUGAGGUCGUUGGUUCAUGUCACGAUUUCUACCAUACUAUGUGUUAUGGUUGGGUAAGAAUGAAGAAAACUCUCGGGCUAAUUGAAAAUCCUGAGACGCAGCUUCAGCUCGAUCUACACGCUGCCCUAUCACGGAUAAGCUACAUACCUCUAACUCUCACUCACAAGACUCUGCCGUACCAGAUGGUCCCUCAGAAGGUCAGCUUGGCCUACAAGGCUUGCCUACGUGAUACGGCGGAUUAUAUUUGGAAACUUGAUAUUAAAAGGACUCUUAUGGAGCAUGGAAUUAGUAACUGGCCACGAAAACGCGCCGAGGUCGACAAAGCAAAAAAGAGCCUUGGACAAUUGCUUCAAGAGACAGGACUUAAACCCUUAUUAAAUUAUGCUGUGGUGAAGAAAUCGUCUUUUCCUUCUGUGUAUCGUCUCCAACUAGAGCACAAAAACUACCCAUUCAUACGGAUUGCACAAAUGGAUUCGGAUUGCAAAGAUGUCGAGUUUACAAAACUGACCUCUUACGCACGCUAUUUGAUGCUCUGUAUGACGACGCUCCGCCCGUUCUUGAGUGUCGUGGAAGCCUUUGAUAUUGCUGUUGAAAUUUUGAAGGUGGAAAUAGAAGUAGCAAAUAUUGCAAGCUCAAAUGGAACUGAAACCAUAAGCGACAUUAAAAUUCAAGAUUUCGAAGAGUUGUUUGAUGAUUUUCCAUUGCUAAAAAUAAUGGAAAAAGAUAUUCCCUAUGGUGUUAUGAAAUUUAACAAACAAUACCAAAUACAAGUCAUAGAUGGGGAAACAGUAGCCAACCUGAUAUACUAUAUGUCUACCUUGAACGAGCGUCUUCUCGAGAAUUAUAUCGGCUGGCAAAUCAUAUGCAAUCUGGCUCAAUUCUCCGGCGAGAAAGUGCACAAAGCAUUUGUGGAUAUAUUUAGAAGAGACUCGGACACCGAGGUCACCUAUACUGCGAGGCCCGAGCUAUGCCUUGAUUUUCUAGCCGGGAAAUCGGGGAUUAUGCGACCUGCUGUGCAAUACGUCUACAUUCAAUCAUUCUUUAACGCAAGUGCUAAAAGAGAGGUGAUAAACAUAAUAGAAGUAUUGAAUCAAACUUUUGUUCGCACAUUGAAUUCGUUUUUUUGGAUGGACGAGGAUACGAAAGUCGCAUUAUUUAAAAAGCUCAAACAUCUACGCUAUCACGUUGGAUACUGGGACAAGAUGCUCAACGAAAAAUAUAUUAAUAGCCUUUACCAAGACUUACCACGUUUUCAUAAUCACACAACAUUUAUUGAGAUUUAUCAAAUGGUGGCACAAAAUAAUUUUUUUCGUGACUUGCGGAAAAUUUUGACCGAGAUACCAAUUGAAAGAGCAUCUUUUGAUCCAUUACAAGUCGUGAUGUUUUAUGAUGCAACUCAGACAGCAAUAGUAAUGCCAGCUGCAUCUCUUCGUGGUAUGAAUUAUGAGUAUGGUCUUCCAGAUGCAGCAAAUUUUGGAACUUUAGCAAUACAUAUUGCCAAAACUCUCGCCACCAUAUUUGGUCCUGAAGGUACUCGUGAUUUAGAAAACCAAGAUGAGGCCACGGACUCAAAAGAAAGCAAUGAGUUAGGCCAUAAUUCUCAGCCAAGCCAGGAACCAAACCUUAACCAUGAACAAAGUUCAACGCCAAGCAAUAACUAUCCAAGUAAAUACCCGGAUAAACUAAACCCCGAAGAGUACAGACCCAAAUCCAAGAACAUUCAUAUGAGAUCACAUUCCAAUCUUUGGUCUGAGACCACGAAACAAGAAUUUCUAAAGCAUUCCUCAUGCCUUCAACGACACUUUUCCGGAGCCGAUGCUCAAGACUUCGUGGAGAGCAAUGAAACAGACGAGUUCAUGUUCCAAGCUUUUGCUGCAAUCGACUUUUCUGAUUAUAUCGGACUGCACGUUACAUAUAUGGCCUACAAAAGCUGGUUAUCAAGAACUGAAAGCCGUCUGCCUCUCAUUUUUGACCUUUGUGACGAAAAAUUGCUUUUUGCGUCGUAUGCCCUGAAAUAUUGCGACUCCAUGGAAACAAAUGCUGGUGACAUUAAUUUUGACGCCAACAGAGUCAACUACAACCUGGCCAUUUUUCACCCGUUCGCCAAGUCUUUUGGAUGCCCGAUGUACGCAGAAAUGAACAAAGUUGACACGUGUACCCUCAUGAAAACAAAAUAA